AUGUAUUAUCAAAGAUAAAGGUACACUAUAAAUAAUAUAGAUCGUGAUAUUGUUUUUAAGUAGAUCUCAAAAUCGUCGUCGUAAGAUCAAUUGAUUUUUAAAAUGACUGUAAAAUACUCUGUGGUGUUUCUGCUGGCCUUAUCUUGUUACGAUGUAAAUAGCGCUUCUCAAGAUCCAGUUGUUUACUGGGGAGAUUUCAGGUACCAUAUGAACUAUGUCGGGGCAAUUUACCAUGGACAGACCGUAACUGGAGAGAGAGUUUAUAUAUCACGGACCAUUGUAGCAGAUGAACAAAGCGUUUCUUUUAUGCCUGGUUCUUUCAUUUUUGGAUACCAGUACCAACCAGCAACUCUGAACGGAAAUCACUAUAUUAACUAUGCAGAACUUUACUUUUUACUCACCAACGAUUAUGACAAACUAGAAUGGAGGCCCGCUACCGCUGAAAACUUCACUGAGUUGCUGAACCAAGAUGACUUCGAGCCCGUUCAAGGAGGCUGGAUCUAUGAGCUGGAUACAAAGGCUAACGCUUCUCUGUAUAUAGGAGCUGCCGAUGUACCAAAAUAUGGUGACUUUAUUGGAAAAAUCUUCCACAACUACCAUAAAGAAGAUAGAAACGGUGUAUUGCAUUUGGAUAUCCAAGAGGAGGAGAUAGUAAUUGCUAAAGAUGACGUUUAUCAGGUUCUUGGUGUUAGAAAAUAAAAUUGUAUAAAAUAAAAUACUGUGUUAUUGAAAUUAAUAAAGUAUACAAAAAAUUUA